AUGGCAGACGAAGAGCUGACCGACGACUACGUCGCAAAACUCCUCGCGAAGGAUGCGAAGGAAAGCUCUAUCAAAUAUUCUGCCAUGGGUUUACAAGCUUUUGCGCCAUCAAAGCCGCCUGCAAAUAAACCCAAACCCAAUACUCGCUUUCUUCGAAAUAUCAUCAAGGACACCGACAAUCAUAACGCAGCAUUGUUAGCGAAAGAAGCUGCGGAAGCCCGAGCACGUCUGCGGAAUCUACCGAGUCAUCAACAAGAAAGCAAGAAGCCUGUAAAAGUCGGAGCAGGCGACAUUCGAAGACGUCAACUGGGAGAUAUUGCUGCUAUUCUGGGAGGACGACCGAGUAAGCGGAAACGAACCGAGGCCAGCAAGAGGGGCGAUGGCUCUAGAUAUGUGAAUACUUCCAGUGAAGACGAAGUGCCGAAAGAGAAGUCUCGCGAGAAGGGCCGACGGGACCGUGACGGUAGAGAGGAUAGGGACGAGGAGAAAGGUUCCAGAGACCAUAGAAGUCGCCAUCGCCGCCAUAGAAGCUUGUCAGAUGAGCGAGGAAGAGAUAGAAAAGAACGAAGGAAACGAGACAGAUCUAGUUCGAGAUCUCCAAGACAAUAUAGAGAAACGGACUCAAGGCGACGGGAAAGGUCACCAAGGAGAAAGCGGUCAAGUUCACCAGACGAAGACAGAGAGCGAGAAAGAUCACAUCGGUCUUACCGACACCGACGAUCUACUUCGCGGGAAAGAAGAAGGACAGAUAAAACGCCAGCAAAGUCUGAGAAGCAUCCGGUAUCCAAACCAGACUAUGAUUCAGAUCCCUUAGACGACAUCAUAGGCCCACGACCACCCGAGAUCAAGAUCCGAGGACGCGGUACAAUUUCACUCGGUUCCGGCAUCGACGACAGAUUUUCCUCUAACUAUGAUCCCACGACUGACGUACAGCUUGAUCCAGACGAGGAGAAUGACUGGGACCAAGCUUUAGAGGCGUUGAAAGACCGUCAGAAGUGGCAACAGCAAGGCGCAGAUAGACUGCGAGCUGCUGGGUUCACUGAGGAAGAAGUCAGUAAGUGGGAGAAGGGUGGCGAGAAGCGAGAGGCAGAUGUCAAGUGGGCGAAGCAGGGAGAAGGGAGAGAGUGGGACCGUGGAAAGGUUCUUGGUGAUGAUGGGAUGGUGAAAGUUGAGUCAUCGUUUGGGAGAUUGACGAGCAUGUAG